AUGAACUGCAAGCGAAUCGAGUCAACCAGAUUUUGCGAUCUUCCAGAUGAAGUUCUGGAACACAUUCUUUCCUUCCUUACCAUUGAAGACCUCGCUCGAGUCGGUUGUGUUUCGAAAAGAUACAGCAAACUUCAUCCAUCAACUCAGUCAUUAAGUUUAGAUGAAUCCACUGAUGCAAGUAUUUUCACAUGUGACCAGCGGAAACGACUAUUGGGUUCCUUGGAGAGGGUCUUGAUUCGACGUGGAUGUAAUAAGCUACAAUGCUUUCGGUUUUCUUGGUGCUAUCAUGAUCACGAUGAAGGCAAACCAGAAAGCUGCUGCCCCAAGGACCUGAAUUCGUGGAUGGUCAAGUUUAUCGACAAUGUGGUAAGGUGUAAUGUUGAAGAGCUUCAUCUUAAGAUAAACCAAGGUAUUACACAGGCAGCAUACGUGGAAUUUCCUGUUGUUCGUUGCAAAUCGUUAAAGCAUCUAUCUGUCAAGGGCAUGAAAACAAAUAUUAAAACACCCCUUAGCUCCGCUUCUUUUUCUAAUCUCGAACGCUUGGAGUUGACACUAGUUUGUAUACCAGAUGAGGGGAUUUUCAAAUGGAUCUCACAUUCUUGCAAAUGCAUCAAGGAAUUACGGUUGGAAGACAUAUAUGAUUUUCAGAAUAACAGUGCUACCAUUGAAAGCCCAUCUUUGAAAUCGUUUACUUUUAUUUUGAAUAAGGAUUAUAAUUUAUCCAAUUACAAUCUCUAUGUCACCUGUGAGAAACUUGAAGACGCAUGCAUCCUUUUGGGGAAGCCGUGCUACACAGGUAAAUAUGGUGGAGCGCUAUUAUUUUCUGCACCAAGUCUUAAAAAUUUGAAAUGGACUGGACACGUGAUGAUGUUCCAAAACUUGAGCGAAGUCAUGAGUUUAGAAAAAGCUGAGAUUGAGCUAGAUCCCGGGGUGAAGUUUGACGAUGUAUUCAAUCUGUUUCAUGGUAUUCGAAGUGUUAAAGUUCUGGAUUUAUCCGAAAGGACCAUGAAGUGUCUGUGCGAGGGAGAUUUAACGGCAGAACAACUACAACUACAUAAUGUUUGUUGUUUAAGAAUUCGUGGUUUAAGCUUAAUGGAUGACGAUGUCCACGCUAUGGUCUCCCUUUUAAAAAGAAUGCCAAACUUGGCUACUUUGCGCAUAGAGGCUGGCCGGACUGGAAGCAGAUAUAGAUCAUCAUCUUAUGGCAAUAUGUCAAUCUGGGAGUUGCAAAAGCUUGCUUUACAUAACCUAAAGGAGGUGACAAUACAGCUUUCCAGUGGAAAUAAUGGAAUCAGCUUUACACAAUAUCUCCUCCAUCACGGUCUACAAUUGCAGAAAAUGGUCAUCUAUUAUUUACCGGAGCAAUCUUAUGAAGUCAGGAGGUACAAAUGGCCAAGGACUUCGAAUGCUAAAGUUGUCUUUCUGUAA